GGGUUGCGGAGGAAGGGGGCGGCAGCGAAGGGGAUCCGAGGAGGAGGAGGGCUGGCGGCUGCGGUCCCGCAGGCGGGAGCGGGUGAGUGAGUGGCCCCUUGGGCGGCGGCGGCUCCGGAGGGAGAAAAAGGAGGGCAGGAGGCCCCGCCGGGAAGGGCCCCUGGCAGCAGAGAGCCAUUGCCCGCAGUUGGUGAUUCAUUUUCCUCACCUACAGUCCUGCCUUCUCAUCGAAGCUUGCUGCCUUUGUAACGGGCCAUGGCGGGCCGUGGUGGAGCUGCACGGCCAAAUGGACCAGCUGUGGGGAAUAAGAUCUGUCAGUUUAAACUGGUACUCCUGGGAGAGUCUGCUGUUGGCAAGUCCAGCCUUGUCUUGCGCUUUGUGAAAGGACAGUUUCACGAAUACCAGGAGAGCACCAUUGGAGCUGCUUUCCUCACACAGACCAUCUGCUUAGAUGACACAACAGUCAAGUUUGAGAUAUGGGAUACAGCUGGGCAGGAGCGUUACCAUAGUCUGGCACCAAUGUAUUACCGGGGUGCUCAAGCAGCUAUUGUUGUUUAUGACAUCACCAACAUGGACACCUUUGUGCGAGCCAAGAAUUGGGUGAAGGAGCUGCAGCGGCAAGCCAGCUCAAAUAUAGUCAUUGCCCUGGCAGGGAACAAGGCUGACCUGGGUAACAAACGAGCUGUUGACUUCCAAGAAGCCCAGACGUAUGCAGAUGACAACAGCUUGCUGUUUAUGGAGACAUCAGCAAAGACGGCACUGAAUGUGAAUGAAACCUUCAUGGCAAUAGCUAAGAAGCUCCCCAAAAAUGAACCACAGAGUGCAACGGGGGCAGCAGCCAGAAAUCGAGGAGUCGACCUCCAGGAGAGUAGCCAACCCAGCAGGGGGCAGUGUUGCAGCAACUGAGGUAUUCCUGCCUGCUCCUCUGGGUUGCCCCGACUGGAACACACCUGAACUGAUCGCACUUACAGGAGAACAGCUGCCAGGAUCCCCUCUUCUUUUCUCCCCACCCCUUUCUUUGCUGCUGCGAUUCCCCCCACUCCUUUAUUCUUCUAAUUUGUAGAAUGGGGUGGGGGAGCAAAAAACAAAACCAGCUGCUCCUCUUCUGUACCAAUAAUGAAUUCCUAUUUUUAAAAGUCUUAGUCACCUUUUUAAAACAAACAAACAAAAUGAACUGUGGCACUCUUCUACCAUUUUUCAUGGGUAGAUGGCAAUGUAUGUUCUCAAAGCUUUGAAGUCUCUUUUUUUUCUCUUCCUUUUCCCAUUGGGUUUUAUGGCCUUGUAUUGGUUCAUAGCUGCUUGGAAGAAGGAAGUAUCUGUCUUGGAUGGGAUACGACUUCUGAUACAUCUUCUUGGUGAUUCUAAGCCACUUAUCUUAGAACUUAAAUAACAGUGGUAGAUGAAGGAAGGAGAAGGUGACAAAAGAGCUAUGAGCUUUGGAACCAUUAUUCCCAGGGUUUUCUGGAUGGGAGCCUGGUUUAGAUAUGGCAUAGACUUGCUUUUUAAGAAAGCAAGUCAUAGAACAUGCAAGUAACCACUAAAUGAAAUCGUAGCAUUAAUGCUAGAUUGAAAGAAACCUCUAGCCUUUAAGCCUUGUUUUGACCAAAUCACAAUUAUGGAUAUCCUGGGGGAGGGAGGGGGGUUGGGUACAGCUGAUUUUCUUCUGUAUUUUGUAUUCUAGUUUUCAACAUAUAACCAAUCAGUAUCUCUUUAAUUACAUAUACCAACUAGCCUUGCACCCAUUUCAGUUUGUAUUGGGUUUUGGAUAUACCAACAGCAUUAAUUUUCUUAUUUACAUUUUGGAUAUAAUGCACUAACUCCACCUGUUAAAGAAAACAUGUUUCAAAAUUAUCACUUUUGACAAGCAAUGCAAUGUGAUGGUUGACCCUAUACUGUAACGCUCAUGGGUGUCUAGAUGCAGCAGGUGGGGAGAAUGGGCAAGCAAACUGGGUGGGGGAACAAUAAUAUGUAUUCACAUACAGAUAAAUAUGGGUAAUUCCACUAAAUGAAACUGCAGAAGGGAGGUCACAAAUUUUGCUUCUCAUCUAGUGCCUGAAGCAAUUUUGUCUUACUCUUGUUGGUAUUUAAGAGAAGGAGUCUCUGUCAGUCUUUUCAAUGCAAAGCUCCAGUUGUGUAUGAUUAAAAAAAUAAAUUUUUAUAAAUCAGAUCAGUCAGAA